GAGUCAGACCUGGAGACAGGCAUCGCUAUCAGGAGCCAAAACCAAUUUUUUUUUUUUUGCGAAAUAUGUCGUCUCUAGAUAUCGCAGAAGAGAUCCGUGCUGCAUUUCCAGGAACUGAGGAACUUAUAGUUCAAUAUCUAUCAGGUUAUCUGGUCGAUGAUGCAGGGGAGGAGGAAGACGUUCUUCAAGUGGCCCGUGACAUGCUCGAGUCCUUGGGCAUUGAUCAAGAAGAUACCGUGAAAAGACUGAUGUCCACAUUGGAGACGCUACUAUCUGACCAGCUUGAUGCUCGCAUCAAGAGGAAGGCCGGUCCAAAAUUGACCAAAUUGGACAAGGUCAUGGACAUGAGUAAAGUGGGAUCGUUAUCCAACACAAUAGCGUUUGGCGAAGGAGUGGACUUGGAGAGUAUAAAUAAAGGAAAAGCCUCCAGGGUAGACGUCAAGAAACUCGAGAAACAGGAGGCGAAACUCAAAGCUAAAAUUGAAAAACGGGCCCGAAGAGAUCUAUACGAAGGUUCCAAAUUGCUUGAUCAACAUCGCAAACAACAAACGUACGAAGAGAUGUUCAUGAAGAUAAACCCGCUUGAAGCUAAUGCAGCCGCCAAAAACAAGAGCAAGGACAUUCACUUGCCCUCGAUUGAUGUCAACUUCGCCUCCAACAGGAUCCUAUCCGGUGCCAGUCUCACUUUAGCCUAUGGACGGCGCUAUGGACUUAUCGGUCGAAAUGGUGUGGGGAAGUCUACCCUCUUGCGACACAUCGCCAUGAGGGAGGUACCAAUACCUGCACACAUCACUAUUUUAUUUGUGGAACAAGAGAUUGUAGGUGAUGAUACGACGGCUAUCGAUUCCGUUCUAAAGGCAGACGUUUGGAGAGACCACCUACUCAAAGAAGAGCAGUCUCUCAAUGAGAAACUUAAUGAAUUAGAACGCGAAGGCGAUGACAAACGAUUUGAAGACGCAAGGCAGGAAGCUGCUUCCAGAUUGGCAGAAAUUCACGCUCGUUUGAGUGACAUGGAUGCAGAGAGUGGACCCUCUAGGGCAGCUGCACUGCUUGCUGGUCUAGGCUUCAAUGAACAGGAUCAACAAAGACCAACAAGAGCCUUUAGUGGUGGAUGGCGCAUGCGUCUUGCACUGGCCCGAGCGUUGUUCGUCAAGCCGGCCCUAUUGCUACUCGAUGAACCUUCAAAUCACAUCGACCUCAAUGCCCUAGCGUGGUUGGAGGACUACCUACAAACCUGGGCAGGAACAUUGCUGGUGGUGUCCCAUGACCGUGCCUUUUUAGAUGCUGUCGCUACUGAUAUAGUACACCAGCAUUCUGGAAGGUUGGACUAUUACAAAGGCAACUUCACUCAGUUUUACUCGACAAAAUCAGAACGAGAUCGUAACUUGCGCAAGGAAUACGAGACGCAGAUGGAUUACCGUAAACAUCUUCAAGCUUUCAUUGAUAAAUGGAGAUAUAAUGCCAAUCGAGCCUCGCAGGCUCAGAUGAGAAUAAAAAUCUUAGAAAAGUUGCCCGACCUUGAACCACCAGAGGCGGAAGAAACAGAAACAUUCAAAUUCCCUGAUGCGGAAAAAAUAUCACCUCCUCUGCUGCAGUUGUCAGAGGUGACGUUUGGUUACACGCCUCAAAACUUGAUCCUGAAAGGUAUCAAUAUCGAUGUUGGAUUGGACUCGAGGAUCGCUGUAGUUGGUGCAAAUGGAGCCGGAAAAUCGACACUAAUCAAAUUAUUGACAGAAGAGCUUAGAGCGUUUGCUGGGCAGGUGAAUCGUAACGGACGGCUGCGCGUGGGGUACUUUGCACAGCACCAUGUUGAUACUCUGCCUGCGGCAUUGUCACCUGUACAAUUCCUAGCUUCGAAGUUUCCCGGAAAGAGCGAGCAAGAAUACAGAGGUCAUCUGGGAAAUUUCCAAAUCAGUGGCAUGACCGGCUUGCAGCUCAUCGGGACUUUGAGUGGUGGUCAAAAGUCUCGAGUGGCCUUUGCUGCACUUUCUUUACAAAAUCCUCAUAUAUUGUUGCUGGAUGAGCCUACUAAUCAUUUGGAUAUCGAGGGCUUGGACGCACUAAUGGCUGCUCUUAACACGUGGAAUGGAGGUGUCAUCAUCAUCUCUCACGACGAGAGGUUCAUCACGACAGUAGCGAAGGAGUUAUGGGUGUGCGGCGAUGGAACUGUGACGAAGUUCAGGGGGGAUGUACAAAGCUACAAGAGUUUGAUUGUCAGCAAUAUCAAAGCACGUCCGUAAUAUACGGAAUGUGCUGCUUUCGCUACAGUAGUGUGUGGAGUUUACCAAUAAACCAUGACUUC